UUCUUAUCCUCAGCUUGAUUACUUGUUACCUCAACUAGCAUUUAUUUAACUCCAGUGGAAUCUGAUUAUUCGGCACAACAGGAAUCAUACAAAGAUUUCAGUCCAAACAAAAGUAAUUUCCAAGUAGUGGGUCGCACUUUUGUCGGCCAGUAAUCACACUUCACAAUAUAACUAAGGUCUUGUUUUAAAAGAAGUUAAGGUUUUCUUUGAGGCAUUUCGUCGAAUGGCUGGUAAGCUACCUGGAAUUGAAUGUGCUCGGAGAAGGAGGUUCCCCGGGAGUAGCGGAUGGUAUGAUUCUUCGGUUAUCAUCAAUUCGGCUUUCGGGUCAACUCGGAGUUGGAGAUUUUACGACACUCAUUGCUCAUCCAGUUCGUUUUCGCCGCAAAGAAGCAUGGUAAACCAAACAGAGCAAGAUGAGAUGCUUGGUUGUGUGGCUAGAAAAGCAAAAGAACGAUUGGAUGGGAGGCUUAGAAGCUACUGGAAAUCAGAAAUCAACAGUAGCCAAGAAAGAUCUAAUGGUACAAGUCUUGUAGAAGAAACCAGGAGAAAACCGAGGACUUCCGUAGCGACGGGGGAUUUGCAACAAGGGGCUUUUGGUUUAAAAAAAAGUGGAUCAAAGAUGUUUAAUUGGGGGAAAGCAGGAUUAAAUCGUAAAUCAUCGGAUCAAGAAGAGUGUGUUGUUUGUUUGGAGAAAUUUAAAGUCGGCGAGAAGCUAGAUCGUCUGCCUUGUGCUCAUCGUUUUCAUUCCAUGUGUUUGUUACCCUGGUUAGAGGACCAUGCACACUGCCCUUGUUGUAGAAUGAGCGUUUUGGGCUCGACUUAACUUGUUUGUGUUAAUUACGAAGGUUGUAGCCUUGUAGGUUAAUCUAAUAGUUAGUAAUAAUCUUGUAAUGUUUGUAACAUAAAUCUAUUUCAUGUUAAUGUUGAUAUAAAAUAAUUAAAUGCAAUCUAAAAGAAAAACAAUAAUCUAAUGGUA